AUGGAUUCCCUCGUAGAUUCCGGUUGGAAGUACCUUAUUACACAUUUCAGCGACUUUCAACUCGCGUGCGUGGGGACUUUCAUCCUCCAUGAAACUGUGUUCUUCACGUCUGGUCUCCCUUUCGUUUUCCUCGAGAGGACGGGUUUGCUUAGCAACUACAAGAUUCAGACAAAGAGUAACACACCUAAAGCACAAAGAAAAUGCAUUGCUCAGCUAUUGUGUUACCAUUUCUUCGUAAACUUCCCACUCCUGCUCGUCUCUUACCCUGUCUUCAAGUUCAUGGGCAUGCAGAGCAGUUUCCCUCUGCCGUCCUGGAAAGUGGUCUCUUCCCAGAUCUUAUUCUACUUCAUAAUUGAGGAUUUCGUAUUCUAUUGGGGUCACAGGAUCUUGCAUACGAAAUGGCUGUACAAGAACGUACACAGUGUCCAUCACGAAUACGCCACACCGUUUGGUUUGACAUCGGAGUAUGCUCAUCCCGCUGAGAUUCUGUUCUUGGGUUUUGCUACCAUCAUUGGUCCGGCUCUGACCGGACCUCAUCUGGUCACACUCUGGUUAUGGGUGAUGCUUAGAGUUAUUGAAACAGUUGAAGCACAUUGUGGCUAUCAUUUCCCAUGGAGCCCUUCAAAUUUUCUUCCUCUGUACGGCGGUGCUGAUUUUCAUGACUACCAUCAUCGGUUGCUUUACACAAAGUCUGGGAACUACUCAUCAACUUUUGUUUACAUGGACUGGAUCUUUGGUACCGACAAGGGUUACAGAAAACUGCAGGCCCUAAAAGAAGCUUGA